AGUGCACAUGUCAGGACACACUCUUUGCAGAGCCAAGAUCAACUCUCUUACAGUAAAUAGUGUAAACCUGUGCAAGAGCACGCUGUUUCAUGACAUACUGAUUCUAUCCUAUGACAUUUUAUUGACUUUUCAGUUUUGGUUGCAGCUUAACAAUAUAAUGAUAUACUGUAUGCUGUGUCCACCAAACGGUUAUUAUUAAUCAAUAUAAUAUAAAUAUUUAUAAUGCAACUAUUGUCUGAAAUUCAUUUAAAGUGAAUUUUAAAUAAAAGUCGGUGAUGGUUGAAAACCUGAGGUGGAUAUUUCCAUAAAUAACUUUCCUGGGAGGGAAAUAGAUUGGUGACGCCUUCUCUGCUCACAUGGGUUUGUCUAAAGCUCCAACUCCCUUGGGCGACUCCCACGUCACCAGCACAUAAAAGAAGCGCCCGUGCGCCGCAGACUGCACGAUCCCAGGACAGCGUCUCAGCAGCGGGACUUUAUGCGCAACAACAUCAACAACAACAACAACAACAACAACAACAACGCACUAACGAACGGCUCGUGCUGACUUGUCAUCUGAACACAAAUGGAUACGGAUGGGAAAUGGUUCUUGUUUACGCAGAACAACCGCGAGCGGAUCCGCGCCGUGGAGAACUCGUUCAGGCCGUCGGGGAAACCGCUGUACGAACCGGGUCGGUUUCUGCUGGGAGAGGGUCGGCUGGUGAAGAUGACCCGCAAGGGGCCACAGCCCAGAAGGUUCUUCCUGUUCAACGACCUGCUGGUGUACGGCAGCAUCAUCGGCCGCUGGCACAAGAAGCAGAUGAUCAUCCCCCUGGAGGACUGCCAACUUGAGGACCUAGAGAACGGAUUAUCAAUAAAGAACCAGUGGCUGAUCCGUACGCCACGCAAGUCCUUCUACGUGGCAGCCGCCUCCCAGGAGGAGAAGCGGGCCUGGAUCCAGCAAAUCGAGGACUGCCGGUCCAUUCUGCUGCAGAACAGGGACUGCCGGAUCAGCUCCCACUUUGCCAAAACCUGUAUCCCCGACUCUGCCUCCGCAAUCUGCAUGCGCUGCUUCGACAGGUUCUCCGUGACCCAGCGUCGACACCACUGCCGGAAAUGUGGCUUCCUGGUCUGCGCCGCGUGCUCCAAGACCCGAGCGGUAAUCCAACACAUCCACCCGACUAAGUGCUGGAGGAUCUGUACCGGGUGUCACACAAACUCCCUGACCAGGACGACGGAGGAGGCCCAGCGGGUGUGUCACUGGAACGAGCGCCACACAGAGAGGAGGAGCUCAGGAUCAAGUGAGGAGGAGGCCAUGGAGCAGAUGGAGGACGGUGACCCCCCCAAGUGGUUGAACUCCCAGGUGGAGAACUGGCCCAUCUACGUCAACUUACAACCACACUGCACUACAACCGCACUCUGCACCGGGUACCACUCAAGCUCCUCGACCAGGACGACGCAGGAGGCCCAGCAGGUGUGUCACUGGAACGAGCGCCACACAGAGAGGAGAUACUCAGAUGGAGAGGAUGGAUCAAGUGAGGAGGAGGAGGCCGAGGAGCAGGUGGAGGACGAUGACCCCAAGUGGUUGAACUCCCAGAUGGAGAACUGGUCCAUCUACGUCAACCUACAACCGCACACAUGCAGCCCUGAGCAUAAGAAGGGGGAGAAGAAGAACAGCCUGGUGUGGCCUUGUUAAUGGAUGGACAGGAUGCUUUGGACAGUGGAAGGUCAUUAUCAUAAAUAAUGUAUAAAGUUAAAAUAUAUAUAUUUAUACGGUUCUUACGUUCAUUUUUUGAUACAUUUGGGGAUUCAUUUCCAUUAGAUGAAUCUGUGAUUUUGGUCAUGUGUUUUAAUGCUUCUAUCUACUUGAAUGUUGACCACAAAUGUGAACAACGUCUUUAUACUUUUACAAUGAGUAAGAGAGGAAAUGUGUCUGCAAAUGUUGUGCAUUUGAUAAUAAAAUAAUGUGCUAUGCAAA